CGCAAAUACGCCGCCUACUGCUCCGCAUGCCAGCUUGCAGGCUCUCAUCGAUCGAUGCGCGAUAGUUCAUGAUGCAUCUGACCAGCUGCUGUCGCCGGAACCCGUGAAACUUAGCUAGGUGCCUGCACAGGCUGCAUCAAAACUUGAAAAAAUUGACGCCGCCGCAGCGAUGGCGGACGAGACGCCGGUGCAAAGCCCAACAAGCCGCCGCCGAUCCACCAGCGCGAUGCUGCCGCCGCCGACCGAAGGAGAGCCAACGCAGUGCCAAGCGAAGACCACCGGCGCCGGCGCGUCGCUCGCGAUGAUGGCUACAUUGGGCUUCCUCUGGGGCGGCGCCUGCUUCGGUUUUAAUGGGAUCAAGACCGUGUUCCUGGACGAGGGCUUAUUUGCGGACGCGUGCGACCACGGCGACCGGUGCAAGGCGCAGAUCAAUCAAGUCGACGCCGCCUGGACCUUCGCGUCGGCCAUGUUAAAUGUCAUGGCGCUGGUCAACGGGUCGCUGUCGGACGCGUUGGGGUUGAGAAGGCUGUGCUUGUUGUCUUCAGCAUUGCUCGCUAUCUCCACCGGAGCGUUCUACCUCGUCGUCACCAGAAGACGCUACGAGCAGUACCUGUCCUACGUGUACUUUGCGCUCGUCGAGUCGGGCAUGCUCUUGUCGUUUGGCGGUCUCGCAUUGCAGGGGGAGAAAGGAUCGUUAACGCCGCCGUGCUCGCGGCCGUACGACGUAAGGGUCGUGGCGGCGCCGACGAUGGAGACGGCCUUCGCGCUCGGGACCCUAAUCUUUCCCACGUUAAGGUUGAUACACGACGGCGUGAGAGGCGCAAACUUGGUAACUCUAUACUGCUCGUACUUCGCGGCCUGCGCGCUGUUGAUACUCUACUGCGCUUGUAGAACGAAGGCGCGACCCUUGAGGCGGCCCGGGAGCGGCGCGCUGCGGCAUGUGGGCUGGCGGCGGCUGUUGUUUGCCUUUUGUGCGGCGCUGGCCGUCGGGGCGAACAUCACGCAGCAGGGUUAUUACGUCGCGACCUUCGCGGAGCAGGCGAAGUGGCACGGGCGGUCCGAACUCUUGGGCGACGUCUUGGAUUGGGGCUUCCCGCUGAUGGCCCUGCCGUCGCUCUACGGGGCGGCUCGCUUCGAGGAGCACGCGCACGCCGUCGGCUUCGAGAAGGGCGCGUCGCGAGGCUAUGUUGUGCUCCUGCUGAUGCAGGUGGCCUGGGGCAUCCUGUCCACCCAAAAGCUGUGGUGGCUGCAGAUUUUGGCGGUCGCGGUGUUCGUGCCGGCGCGGUUAUUGGGUUUCGUGCACCUUUAUACAUGUGUCGGUGCCUUCUUCCCCGCGGAGCACUUCGGCAUCAUGGCGGGGGCCUGCCUGACGCUGGGGGGCCUCUGCGCCAUCCCGGCGUCGCAGGCGUUGCGAGCCUGGCUCGUCGCGUCGAUGGACCCGCGCGGCCCGAACGGGGCGUUGGCGGCGGCGCUCGUGGUGCUCGACGCCUUGGCCGGCGCGGCGUCGCGGAUCGUGAAGAUAGACCGGCCCGAUGCCGUCGCGGCGCCGACGACGAGCGCCUACAACCCCAUGGCGGCGGACGCCGACGACGAGGCUGCUGUGGAGCUCGCGGAGUUCUUCUCCGAAUAUGGCGAUGGGGGUGAUUCGUCCCCGUCGCCGCUCGUCUCCUACGGGUCGCCCGCGGCGGAGACGAGGAGUCCGGCGCGGGUCGACGACGCCGAGGCGUCUUCUUCUGUGAAUUAG